UGACAUUUGAUGUAAGCAUCAUGACAGGUUAGUGUUUGUAACUUCAAAUCGAUUUAUUAAAUAAAAAUGGGCACAGAAAUUUUAAAAUCGUUUGGAACUCUACAAUCCGAAUUGGAACAAGCGAAAAACAGCUUGAAAGGUGUGGACGAAAAUAUAAAGAGGUUAAUAGGCAGAGAUCCGUCAGAUUUACCUCCACGAGCGAACCUCAAAAGGGGGGUACAACCAGAGGACAGAAACCGUAUAAGGGUUGGACGCACCCGAAACUUCAACCACGAAAACGAUGAACCACCCAACAAAAGGAGGACCAGCGGAGUUUCUGUAUUUAAGCGUUUGUCAGAGCGACCGAAUCACUAUGAAGAAGAUCUGCACCAACAACCACAAAAACAAAUGAUCAGCAAGGUUAUUGUUACACCUAAAGAGUUACCAAGUCGACAGGAAGCACUAGCAGCACAAAGUAAGGAUGAGAAAUCAAAAGCACGAAACAGGAGAAUGUUUGGGGCGUUGUUGGGUACGUUGCAGAAGUUCCAACAGGAGGAGACUAAACUAAAACAGAAGGAAGAGAAAAGGGCGCAACUGGAGAAAAAAAUCGAAGAACAUGAAAUCAAAGAAAAAGAGGAAAUUAAAAAGGAGCGGCAAGAGCUAUUCUUUAACAGAAAAAAGAAACAAGCGGAAAUAAAAAUGAUAGAGUUAAAAAUGAUGAGGAUGAAGGAAUAUGCAGCUUGGGAGGAAAGGCAAAAACCAAGGAUGAAUUUCAUACAGACAAAGGCUAAACCACAUAUACAUUUUCUACCACGAAAAAUGAAUGAUGCAAGUAAAGCAUUGCUGGAAACGUGUAAAGCAGACAUUGAGAAAAUGAUUGAUAAAAAGAGGCAGGAAGUAUUUGAUGAGCUGCAACAUAUAGAAGAAAGAAUGAAAAAGAAUUUUGAAUUAAGAAAGAACAAAGAACCGAAAGAUGAAGGCGAAAUUCGUGAGGAAACUGACAAAACUGAGGAAAACGGUGACUUAGAUACCACGUUAGAAGAAAAGCAUGAAGAUGGGGACACAGACAUGUUCCAUGAGGCUUCAAAUGAAGAAAAGAAUCCUAUUUUAGAGGAACCAAGUAAUGGAACUGAGGAAGUUCGUGUUAGUGAUGAACAAAGUACUCAGGGAGAGAACUGGGAUGGUGAAGCAAUCCCAGAAGAAAAUAAAGAUGAAAACCUUUCAGAUCCCAUAACUGAAAAAAGUAAUGUAAAUGAAGAUUCAAAAAUGGAAGUAGAUGAUGAUGAGUGUCUUUGAUUGUAAAUUUUUAUUUAUAUAAUUAAGAUUGUAUAAUGUAUAAUAGAUAGGUGUAUCAAACUUUGUUAUGAACGAAUGGCCGAAAUAAUAAAAAAGUGUCCAAGGAA